UGGCUCAAACCUGAGGCGCAAUUUUGAAGAGGCUUCCUCGAAAUUAGCGCCUCGAAAGCGAUUAGAUUAUGAACUAGAUUGCUCAUCCGAUGAUUUAGGGAGAUGCUUGUGGAGAUUGCCAGUCUCGCGACUUGAAACUGUGACCCCAGUUGUUGGGUUGGGCGCAACAGCGAGAAAUCUUGAGAGCUUUGGUUAGGACUGGCGCUUUUCGCUCGUGCUCGCUUGGUGGACAUCGAAUCGCAGAGAAGUUGAAUGAAAGGCGCGAUUUCCUCUGGUAGCACAAAUUUCAGGGCUGUCAAGUACUGGAGUCCGACAUUACACGUAUGGCCUCGCCAACAGUUCUCAGUCGCCAAGCCUCUAACUGCUCCUAAAAGUAGUGGGAACUUUGGGUCACUUUUCUACUCUUGUCAUGAAAGCGCGCAAAAUCCUUCCACUCUGUCUUUAGGUAGAGGCUCUACACUUGCUUCAACUGCGCGUCUCAUUGCUCUUGCAGAAUGUAACGCCACCUCAGGGUGUUACAGAGCUUCUCGUCUUUUGCCCCAGAGAUGCUUGAUUGCCUGGAGCAGCUUCUGGAUCGCCGAUCAUCAUGGGGCAGUGAGUUCACGCAUACCAAAUUGCAGGCCAAGUAUCUCUUUUCCUGUGUCUCAACUUGAAGACAGAAGUGGGCUCAAACAGAUACAGUGCUCGAGUUUUGUUAUCUGGAAGCUUAAUUGUACCAGCAUGAGUGAAAGACAGCUUAGACUGAGAAAGGAGAGGGUAACGUCUGCAGAGACAGUUGCCCGAGUUCAUACAAUGCGACAUGGAACCGGAAGCACGAAGCCCGGAAAAGUACGUUGCUUCUCAGAGGAAGCAGUCGUGAAGCUCAGUAAGGAAAACUUUGAUGCUGAUAGCUGGCAAUUUCAAUUACUGGAACGUCAUGAAUCUAAUAAUCUGAACUCUUACACUGUUGCUGAGCUUCGUCAACUGUUGAGGAAGAUGAAGAAAGAACCAAAAGGUUUGAAAUCAGAUUUACUGAAGGCUGUGAAGAGUUGGCUUUCUGAUCAUGGAUGUCCAAAUUCGUUAGUUCUGGACGAGGAAGAAAAGAUGGAUAUUGACCCGAACUCUCAAGUUCUCGGGACACCGGAGGAAGUUGCCAUGGUAUCGAAAACCAGAGCAGCCGUAUCUCAUCGAAUUGGAACGCAAGGUGGCAAUAAGAGGAUGGGAUUAGAAUCCGCUUCACCAACUAGAAGAAAGAGACAAAAGGAUGCAGCAGGAGAAGUUGGUGGUGAAGAUGUCGCCAAUAUACAAGUCGAUAAAUCUGAUAAAAAGUCGCCCAAAGCGGAAUCACGCAAAAAAACCAUAAAAAAAACCGAGGCAGAACCCUCCUCGGUAGGUAAUGACAAGGAGCCAUGGACUAGUUUAGUGCAUAAAAAACCUCAACCUGGGUGGGUGGCUUACGAUCCAAAACUCAUGCGGCCGAAGCCACCUGCUAAGGAUGAGAAAGUGGUGAAGCUGCUAUCUUGGAACGUGAAUGGUUUGCGGGCUCUCUUGAAGGAGAAAGGAGCUGAACAUGAGCAAGGUUCUAUGAUUGCUCGGCUGGCUGCAAGAGAGGACUUCGAUGUGCUUUGUUUGCAGGAGACAAAAUUACAGGAAAAAGAUGUUGCAGACAUCAGAAAGUCUCUGCUGGCAAGUCACGAGGUAAGUUUGUGGGGUUGCAGCACCAGCAAGCUCGGUUAUUCAGGGACAGCCAUCAUUUCGCGGAUUAAGCCUAUAUCAGUGCAAUAUGGGCUUGGUAUACCAAACCAUGACCAAGAAGGUCGUCUCAUCACGUGCGAGUUUGAUACUUUUUAUUUUGUUGUCAGCUACGUCCCCAACUCAGGGGCUAAGUUGGAAAGGCUGGCAUAUCGUACACAAGAAUGGGAUGUAGCUCUAAGCAGCCAUUUGAGGGAAUUGGAGAAGAAAAAACCAGUGAUACUCACAGGAGAUUUGAACUGUGCUCAUGAGGAUAUUGACAUUAACGAUCCUGCUGGUAAUAGGAAGAGUGCAGGUUUUACCGAUGAGGAGCGAGAAUCGUUUAAAACGAAUUUUCUUGACCACGGUUUUGUUGACACUUUUCGGAAGCAACACCCAAAUGCUGUUGCUUAUACCUACUGGGGUUAUCGCACGGCAUCCCGGCCCAAAAACAAAGGGUGGCGUCUAGACUACUUUCUUGUAUCAGGGUCACUCUCAGAAAACGUGCACGACUCGUACACCAUACCUGACGUGGGCGGUAGCGAUCAUUGUCCCAUUGCGCUCAUCCUCAAAAUAUAGCCAAUGUAUCUUCACCGUAGAACUCACCCUUGCCCCUGGGUCUUGUAGUCUCUUGAUUCGUAACCACUAGUUGACUACGCUUCGUGCUUUUUAUAUCCGCAGACCCAUUUAUGCCUUAAAGUUGCCGGUGACCUUAUCUUGACUAUAUUUUGUUGGAACUCUAGCGGUUUGGAUAUUGGAGACUUAGCGACUUCAAUUAGGAAAUCAGCAAACACAACCUGGUUCCUCCGGCUUUGCCAUUUUAACCUGCAGUAUACAGAGCAUGAGCAUACACUAUGUGCAACUGCCAUGGUCUUUUUUCUUUUUUUUUUCUUUUUUUACCUCCACAAAUAGAACGAGAGAUUACACCUCCACUGUUGAUCUCAGCUUCUGUCCUAGUCUAGCAAAACUCUAUUAAAAUUGAGGCUUACUACAGGUUCAUAACCAUCACGGUAAGCAAUCCGCACAGGUUUUGAGGCUGCCUCUUAGCCAUAAGCCUAGUCUAUUGAUAUGCUCUCGUGAGCCAGGGUCACUUCGUCAUGGGAGAUGCAUGCCAGUGCAGAUGGAAUUUAUGCUGUGAUAAUCACUUCUGAGUUUAUCAGAAGGAGAGCUUUUGAUGGA